AUGAGUCGCAAGAUGUUUUCCGGUACAAAUAGCUUUAUGGGUCUUGAGGAAGCAAUUGCAGCAGUCACAGCAGAUAGUGAUGAUGACUGUGAAUAUGAUUUGGCGAUAAUAUCACCUGAUUCCAGUGUCGUGACUGACGAAGAGAAAGGGUCUGAUGAAGAUAUGGUGACAUAUACGUUGCUACGAGAUGUGCCCGGAAAUAUUGAGGUUAUUAUACGCGCUGAAGGAAGAACCAUUGGCCGUAAAACGAGUUCGUCGGAAGCCUAA